AUGGACCACGUCAACUACGAGAUCCGCGCCGGCAACAACGGCGCGUGUGCUGAAAACACCUUGUACAACUACGACGGCGACGCCCGCGGCAUGACGACGCAGUGGAUGAACUCGGCCGGUCACCGCGCCAACAUUCUCGGCAGCGCGUACGACAACGUCGGCUUUGCAGUCAAGAAGGCGUCGGACGGCAAAUACUACGCAACGUCCAUCUUCACCAAGGACAGCCGUCCGUGUGCCUAA